AUGGACAUCCUCCAAUGCUGUCAACAGCAAGGGCUCGACGGCGUCAACAUCCUACACCACCAAAGCCCGGACGGCGCGCUGACAUUGCCACCUCGCAUUCACGGAUCCGGGGAUAUAUUCGGGGCGGCGAAAUCGUUCAUGAUGUAUUACUCCCCCACUGGCCAGCAAUACCGCACAGUCGACCUCAAGGACGGCCUCGGUCUGCCCCAACCGGUCACCACCGAUGGAAGGGUUCAAGCACCUCGCCCGGUGUAUGAUGUCAUGAUGGAGGCGCUCGAAGAUUGGGCUAAACGUCACGGACUUACAACGCACCCACUGGCGCACCCUACACAGAUGAAACCGGCCGACACGUCGUUCCUUGGUACAAUGCUCGGCCUCCUCGCGAAACACGCGGCCACUUGCGGGGUAGUGGCGCGAUGGACUUCACCCAAGUGGCAGGCGCCGAAGAGCUUCAACGAUCGGCCCAUCCUCCCGCUGCUGAACGGACAACAAGUCGGUGCCCUCAUGACCAUUAAUCGACGCUUCCCAUGGCAACUCCGGCACGUCGGGGACGUCUGCAACAUCGAUGGGACAUAUGUCUUAAGACGACGACACAUUAGCGGUCCUCACACUGCGGCGCAUCCUUCAGGCACUACCUACUCUACCGGGAUCACGCAGGCUCCGGCUGCCUGUAGGGCGCUCGCCAAGGCCGGCCACGGCUAUGGGCAACUACGUCGAUACACCACUGUAUGGCCACGUGCUCAGGGCGGUGCUGCUAACCUGGCCGAACUCGCCGGACAAACUCAGCUAUGUCAUCGGUCAACGGACGGCUCUGGCCACACGCCCCGAUGCUUCCAGUAUCCAGCUUACGAUCUCCAACUGGUACGAAAACCGGAGGGGGUCCGGUAUCUGGUCGGCACCGCGGCCACAACACUGGCGCGGCCGGACGCGAUGGGAACACGCCUCCAACUGCACGCCUAUUCAGAGCACCUACUCGCCGCGGCGGAUGCGCACGACCACGGUGCUCGUCUGGACGGACUCCCACUGCGGUGA